GAUGUUAGAAUUGUUGGUGUUGAGGCUGGUGGUGAUGGAAUAAAUACGGAAUUUCAUUCAGCGACCUUGAGUAUAGGUACACCAGGCGUAUUGCAUGGGACUAGAACGUACUUACUACAAGAUGAUAAAGGUCAAAUUAAAGCGACACACAGUAUUAGUGCUGGACUAGAUUAUCCAGGUGUUGGUCCGGAGCAUUCUUGGUUAAAAGAUGUUGGUCGAGCUGAAUAUUGUGCUGUUACGGAUAAGGAAGCCUUAAUUGGCUUUAGAAAAAUAUCAGAAUUAGAAGGCAUCAUUCCAGCACUUGAAACAAGCCAUGCAAUUUACCAAGCGAUUGUGCUUGCUCAAAAAAUGCCUAAGGAUAAAGAUAUCCUGAUAUGUGUUAGUGGCCGAGGUGACAAGGAUGUUUCAACGGUGGCCGAAUAUUUACCCAAAUAUGGUCCCCAAAUAGGAUGGGAUUUGCGUUUUUAA